AUGGCAUCAGGUCGGUUGCGACAUGGAAGAGGAAAACAGUAUCUAUCUAUCUAUUUUCAUCAUUAUUUCCUUGCAAUCUAUCUAUUUCCACCAUUACUUCCUUGUAAUCUAUCUGUUUGUCCAUAUAUAUCUAUCUAUCUAUCUAUCUAUCUAUCUAUCUAUCUAUCUAUCUAUCUAUCUAUUUUCAUCAUUAUUUCCUUGCAAUCUAUCUAUUCCCACCAUUACUUCCUUGUAAUCUGUUUGUUCAUAUCUAUCUAUCUAUCUAUCUAUCUAUCUAUCUAUCUAUCUAUUUUCACAAUUAUUUAUUUUCUUGUAAUCUAUCGAUCUAUCUAUCUAUCUAUCUAUCUAUCUAUCUAUCUAUUUUCACCAUUAUUUUUAUCUAUCUAUCUAUCUAUCUAUCUAUCUAUCUAUCUAUCUAUCUAUCUACCUAUCUAUCUAUCUACCUAUCUAUCUAUCUUCAUCAUUAUUUCCUUGCAAUCUAUCUAUCUAUUUCCACCAUUUCUUCCUUGUAAUCUGUUUGUUCAUAUCUAUUUAUCUAUCUAUUUUCACAAUUAUUUCCUUGUAAUCUAUCUAUCUAUCUAUCUAUCUAUCUAUCUAUCUAUCUAUCUAUCUAUCUAUCUAUCUAUUUGCAUCAUUAUUUCCUUGCAAUCUAUCUAUCUAUUUUCACCAUUACUUCCUUGUAAUCUGUUUGUUCAUUAUCUAUCUAUUUAUCUAUCUAUCUGCCAUUCCUCGUGCAAACAAUUAACAGACUGUCUCGAAGAAAAGCAUUACUUCCUUUCUCGAUGUCCGCUUCGUUCAUGA